UUUUCUUGCCGAGUUGUCCCUGACUCCCAGCCUCUCGGCUUUCCCACAAUCCUCUUUCAGUUUGUUUCAGAUUGAUAUCCACAUAGGGAGGCAUGAUAGCAGCCUCUGGCCCCUUCUGGUUCUCCUAGUUACACCGCUUCUUCCAAGUUCCUGAGCGUUCCGCAAUGUGGCAGUUGAUGUGUACUCCGGUCCAGCUGUCUCCCAGGCUUCCUAGAUUUGGUAUCCUUGUCUGCUUUGUGGAAUUCGAAAAAUCCCAACUUGUGUGCGAAUCACGAUAUCUGACCUGGCGCCCCCACCCUUGUUGUGUUGCAACAUACACCUGGAGAUAGCAUGACCUGAGCGGAUCAAUUCAAGCCCAUUCUUCUUCACUGUGGAUAAUUCCGAGUCCUCAUCAGCUGCCAAACUCAUGAAGCCAGGCUCAAUGGCCUGGGAAACAUACCGAGCUGGAAUUCAUGGCACAUCUUACACAUCACCCGCCACGAUCAUUGCCGUUUUGCUUCUCUAUCAUUCAUUUGUUUCCUGUUUCUCAGAACUUUCUCGACCUAUUCUUGAGCAUCGGGCUCUUCCCGCCAGUAAAUCAGAUCCUGGAUCAAACUCAACAUCGCUUCAAGCAUCACAUUAUAUCAAAAACACGUUUUUGCGCUCCAACCUGAAAGAGAACCAAACCGGUAUCCCUUUAUCGAUUCAAUUCACGGUUCUAGACACCAAUUCUUGUGCGCCAGUUGAAAACGCCUUGGUAGAAAUCUGGGGCUCUGACACUCAUGGCGCAUAUUCCGGAGAAUCAUCUGGCGCCAGUCCUUCCCAGACUGUUUGCUCGUCGUGGCUAAGAGGAGGGUUGGGCACAGAUUCUGAUGGGAUAGCGAAAUUUGAAACAAUUUAUCCUGGCCCGGAACCAAAAAGAGCCCCCCGCCUGCAUACCAUUGUCAGAACGGACUGGUAUGAAAUUUCUGAUAAGAAAACAAUAGACUCAGACUCCAUGCAGUACGCUGCAGCAAUUGGCCAGGUCUUUUUCCCGGAUGAUCUAAACGAAAAGAUAUACAAAGAUCUCAAUUACAAGGAUGCAUCAAUCAAGGCGGUCAAGAACGACGCCGAUCUGUCCUACAAAGCCGAUCCGGGUUCCUGGAAAGCCCAGACGGAGCCUUUCGUCGGUGGAACCAGCGGUGGCGUUCGUGCCCAUGUAACAAUCUCGCUGAAUAUCAACGCACCUCCGAAAAUUGAAAUCGGGAGUGCGCCUAGCCAAUGUAUCCCUGGAACUAAUAAUCUCCCAGCUAACCCUCCAGUCACCCAACCGGCACAAGAAGAACAAAGUUCCUCCGGACCUUCAUUUCAACCACCUGUUGUCGCUAUUAUGAUGAUUAACAUGAUGCUCUUCUACAGCAUGUAUGGUCACGGAAGCUUUACGGAGAAUGAGAACGGGAAAAGCCAGAAAUGUGCCAUAUGAAGAAAAUAUUCAAGAUUUCAUGAAGCGCAGCUUGAUUCAAAAACUGACCGAAAAACCCCUGUAUAACUUUGAUGCUAUUGUAAUCUCAGGCUUGACCAAUUAGCACACGUUCAGUUUUCAGUUUUUUAGUAUGGGUGAAUUUUCAUUCUUCGGCAUGACACACAGGUUGUCAACUUAGUACUUUCUUUUCUCCUCAUUUUCCGUUCUUCUUUUUUUGUAAGAGCGGGGGAUUGAGUUUAGCAUCUCAAUUCCCUGCUAACUGCUGUUGAUGGUACCUCAAUUUCAACUUAUGAUACCCAUAUAAAACAUUCAUUUCAUGCUCCUCUCCUUGUUUUUUUGAUUGUAAUCAUUAAUAGUAAAUCCUGGUCUUUCAAAAUUAUGCAAUACAGAGUCAUGAAAGCUGUGUGAAUCAGGAAUUAUCAGCUUUGAUUGAUCAUUUCUAGUUGCAA